AUGUCACAGACCCCGUCCGAGAAUGUCGCGACAUCUUCUGGCACGCCUUCCGCGUACGUCGAUACGCCGUCGUCAGGGCCUGCUCAUCCGUUUCAACUGCGGAGCUGCGUAACUUGCCGUGCGCGCAAAGUCCGGUGCGACAGGCGGUCACCAUGCUCAAACUGCCGCCGGGGGAACAUCGUCUGUGUCUUUCCAUCGGGCGACCGUCCUCCGAGAUGGGCUCGCCGUCUGGAGCACCUCGCCAACGAUCCUUCCUCCUCAAGCACCUCAAAGUCGCAGAUGGCGAGCCCAGUCGUCGACCAGGUCGAGGACAGACUCCGCGCCCUCGAGAACCUGGUCAAGGAGCUGAGCAGCCAGUUAAACCAGGCCCGCGCCGCCGCCGCGGCAGCUGGCUCUGCUAACGGUGGUUCAUCCGGAGUCAAUUCUCCUGGCAGCUCUGCACAUGCCGACCUUCAGAGUCAUCCGUCCCCAAGCGCGGAGGACGGCAGGCUGAACAAACAGUUUGGCCGGUUGGUGGUUCAGGAUGCCAGCAGCAGCCGUUAUGUGACCGGUGGCUUCUGGUCUCGAGUCGACGACGAUCUUAGCGGCCUGGAGGUAGACAAUGGCGGUCUAGCAGCAGACGAACCUGAAGUCUCAAAGCAUGACCCUACCCCUGGAAACACCCCUUCCACCCAAGAAAUCAGGUCGACUGCUUCAGAACGCUACGCCUUCCUCUUUCGACAUAAUUUGAACCCUUUGGCCCCAGACUCGCGGUCCUUCCACCCUCUCCCAUCACAGAUUCCGUUUAUUCUUGACGUGUUCGCGGAGAAUGUGAAUUUGUUCUAUCACAUCGUCCACGUGCCCACUGUUGCAAAAAUGGUGCGCGAUCUGCGUGGCAGCGGCAUGUCGAACCUGACGCCAUCUCACGAGGCGCUGAUGUUUUCCAUCUACUAUGCCGCCAUAAUGUCAAUGGAAGAAGAUGAUAUCCUGACGAAUUUCGGUUCGUCCAAGGCCGACCUCGCCUCGAAGUAUCGUUACGGCCUGGAGCAUUUCCUUGCGAAAGCCGACUUCCUUAACGCCCCCGACAUUGUCCUCGUGCAGGCACUCAGCAUCUUCCUGUUCCUUGCGCGCCGAGAUGACAGCCCCAGAUUCGCGUACAUGAUGACCGGCCUCCUCGUCCGGAUGGCACAAUAUCUUGGACUCCAACGAGACGGGGAUAAUUUUAAGCAUCUCACUCCCUUCGAUACUGAUUUACGUCGAAGGGUCUGGUGGGCCGUUGUCAUACUAGACAUACGCUCCGCAGAGGACCAAGGAACGGAUAUGGCGAUCCCACAAGGCAGCUUCGAUACCAAGAUGCCAUGGAACAUCAACGACACCGACAUUGAUCCUGAGACAAAACAGGUGCCCGCAGAACGCCAUGGUCUGACCGACCGGGCCUUUACGCGCAUCAACAUCGAGAUAAAUAAGAACAUGCGGCAGAUGACGGCGGCCGUGGCUGCCGGUAGCAAUAACGGGGCCGGCCUGGAAGAGCAAAGCCGUCUUUUGAACGAUAUCUGGCAACGACUUGAUGAGGGAUACCUUCAGUACGCUCCGGACACAGGGAGUGUUGCUCACUGGGUCGCCGUCACGAUUGCUCGACUGGUAAUGGCGAAGAUGACACUGAUAGUCUUCCUUCCCGUCCUCUUCUCUUCGUCCCCGAGUGGGAUGACCUCCGAAUCGAUCAGAAUGAAGUUGCUGAUUGCCGCAAUCGAGGUGGCAGAGUACAACCACAUGCUCAAUGCCGAAGAAGCGGCUCGGCAUUGGCGCUGGAUCUACCAGACACGCACACACUGGCACGCCAUCGUCUAUCUCCUGAUCGAGACUUGUCGGCGCCCUUGGUCCCCUCUCGUUGAAAGAGCUUGGGUGGCACUUCACAGCCCCUGGCUAAUUCCAGCCAGAGUGGCAGACAGGAACUCGCACCACUGGAUCCCGCUGCGAAAGUUGAUGGCACAAUCCCGCAAGCAUCGUAACACCGAAAUUGAACGGCUGCGUGCUGAUCCUCAGGCUGCUGUGAGGCUCGAGAUGGAGUACUCAAACAUGCCGACCCCUUCAAGCUCAGGCACAUUUCCAGACGGGCGCAGUGCCGAUGUCUUCCUCAGGCGUUGGCGCGAUGUCAUUGCCACGCCUGCAGGCCCUACACGUAUGCCUAAUGAUACGAGUACCAGCGCCAGACGCGCCGACGCGACUCCAGACACAAACUGUAUGACUCUGUCUGGUGGAACUUCUAUAGGUGUAAUCGACCUAGGUGACGUGAGACCCAUUAUGAACUUCGCGCAAGGGUAUGUGGCGGGAAUCGACGAACAGCAGACACUCCAGACAAUACCGGGCCUGGUGAACAACACGCAGGCGACUUUUGGCGAAUCGACAGCAGAACAUGAUGCAAACUUAGCAUACAGGGCCAUGCCGACACUCCCCACAGACGGGACGGAUGGUGACCGAACCACGACGGGAGCGGGUUUUGUCACCUGGCUAUGGACCGACUCGAGCCCCUCGGCUGACGAUUUUGCCGCAUUUGACAACGUGAACAUGGAUCUGGACGGUGGGAUGGACUGGUAUAGUUGGAUCGAAUCUGCCAAGGGCAUAGAAUGAGCUCAGCGUAGGGGAAAUUCUUCUCCAACAGUUUUAUAUGCCACGCCAUGAUACCUCAUGAUCCAUCAAGCUGAAAUGCAUGUUCAUUGUUGGUACACAACCGAUUUCAAACCCAAAUAUCCCUUGCCUCCAGCCCCUGUGUUUCUAUAAAACUACGGAUGCGAUCGAAGUACCCGCCUCCCUCUCAGGGUGUGUUCACAGGCGAUCUGAACAACCAUUGCUACAUGGUAUGUAUGUGGCU